GAACUUGGGGCUAACCUUUUGGUUCAGGGGUGCUUAAGGUGCAGCAAACAUGGGGGAUUUUAAGCACUUGGUGAUUGCUAAGUUCAAUGAAGGUGUGGUGGUGGAGGAGGUUGUGAAAGGGAUGGAGAAGUUGGUUUCUGAUAUCGAUGCUGUCAAGUCCUUUGAAUGGGGGCAAGACAUUGAAAGCCAAGAGAUGCUAAGACAGGGCUUCACUCAUGCCUUCUUGAUGACAUUCAACAAGAAGGAGGACUUCACUGCAUUUGUCAGUCAUCCUAACCAUGUUGAGUUCUCUGCAACAUUUUCAGCAGCUAUUGAGAAGAUUGUGCUGCUUGAUUUCCCAGCUGUUCUUGCCAAGGCACCGAAAUGAUCAUCUAGAAAAACCAUUGUAAACAAUAAUUAAGGCACCCCAUGAAAUAGUACUUGUAAUGUAUGUGCUUAUUUAUGUCUGCAUCUAUAUGUGUUUGCUAGGAUGAUUAAUUAUGGGUUACUCAGAAUGACCACGUUUUCCAGCUUGUACUAUGAAUCUGUGUUACAGUUGUAUUGCAAUUUCAAAAGUAGACAAGUAACGUGAUUGUUGGAUUUGGUACC